AUGGCAGAACCAUCAACAUCUGUCGAGCUAACAGCAACCCUACCGUCAUUUGGUGCAUCGAGGCAAACUUCCGGCCAGAAUACCCCUCGAAGCAAUUACAAUUCGGACCGGGGAAUCAACUCUGGAGACAGCCAGAUACCCCCAGGUGGCACGGCAGAGUUCUUUCUGCCGCCUGUUGAUAGGGGGAAGGAUGCAUGGCUCUUCUUGGCGGCGUGCUUCGUCCUGGAAGCAUUGGUCUGGGGAUUCCCAUUCUCGUUUGGUGUCUUUCAAGAUUACUAUCGCACGCACGAACCAUUUUCGAGCUCAUCUAAAACUGCUGUAAUCGGCACCACUGCCAUGGGCAUCAUGUAUCUCGAUAUUCCAAUCAUCAUGGCCUUUCAACGGAUGUACCCAAAGCCAACUCGAUACGCACCUGUCGUCGGUCUGUUGUUCCUCUGUAUUGCUCUCGCCAUCUCCUCCUUUUCGCAAAACGUCACGCACCUCAUCCUCACUCAAGGAGUCCUCUAUGCCAUCGGCGGCUCCAUCUGCUACUGCCCCUGUAUGCUCUGCAUGGAUGAAUGGUUCAUCAAACGCAAGGGAUUUGCCUACGGAGUGAUGUGGUCUGGUACUGGGCUCGGCGGUUUUACAAUCCCUCUCCUCCUCGAAUACUUUCUCAACCAUUACGGAUUCAGAACCACGUUGCGGAUAUGGGCUCUCACCAUGUUCGUCCUGUCUGCGCCGCUGGUCUGGUUCAUUAAGCCGCGGCUGCCAGCUUCUGCUACGGCUCAUUUUAGGCCUUUCAACCUCAAGUUCUUGGCGAAUCGCUACUUCGGCUUAUACCAGCUCACCAACAUUGUGGAGGGUGUGGGUUAUUUCCUUCCGGGCAUUUAUCUGCCGACAUAUGCGAGAGUAACUCUCGGUGCUGGUGACUUCCCGUCGGCGUUGACGCUCCUCGUGCUGAACGUCGGCGCUGUUGUAGGAUGCAUCGUCAUGGGAACACUGACUGACCGCCUCCAUGUGACGACAUGUAUCGGUAUAUCAACCGUCGGUACUGCGAUUGGCACCUUUUUCCUUUGGGGACUGGGCACAAACUUGGCCUCACUGUACGUAUUCUGCGUCACGUAUGGUCUGUUUGCGGGCUGUUAUACAUCGACUUGGCCGGGAAUUAUGAAGCACCUCAUGUCUAUUGGCGGUGGAUCUAGAGAAGAGAAUGGAAGCCCCAGCAGUUACGAUCCCCUCAUGGUGGUCGGCUUGCUGUCUGCUGGGCGAGGUAUCGGCAAUGUUGUCUCGGGGCCGUUGAGUGAGGCGUUGCUCAAGGGAAUGCCGUGGCAAGGACAAGCUGCGGGGGGAUAUGGCAGUGGAUAUGGAACCCUGAUAGCGUUUACUGGAGCAACAGCCGUUGUUGGAGGGGGGAGCUUUGUGUUUCGAAGGGUCGGGUGGCUGUGA